CUCGUAGGUGCGGAAACAUAUGAUUUGCGGAUAUGCAACAUUGCAUAUGCGGCUGUGCCCACCUGUCAGCACGAACAACCACGGCGACAACUCUUGAAUGUUCUUCUUGGGUUGUCGCCUCGUCUCAUUUCUUGUCCUUGCCACGACCUCAAAGAGUUCGAAAUCAGCCUGAGCCACCCGCUUCACAGCAAUCAUGUUGCAAAACCUACGCAGGCAGUUUCGAGAAGCGAUGAAGAACAUACAUCAUGCACUCAAGGUUGCCUACUCGCCUUCCGGGGUCUCCCAUGACAUCGCGCGGUCCAUCGUCGAAGCGACGCCUGCAGACCACGACGCCAUUCUGGAACGCUUCGUGAAGAUGAAACAACGAGAACUCGCCACAGUACUGCUAUCAUGCGCCCUCGUUGCAUCCCUAAUCGCAUCUCUGAUGUCCUGGAACUGGUUCCCCGUUCCUCCUUUUACCGCGAGGAUUGCUGCGUUAUGCGCGUUGAUCCAUUCAGUGGUUGCCAUCGGAAUCGCAUCGCAACAGCUCAUUGCUUUAACGCGGGCGCAGAUUCACCCCGACUGCACGAAGAUCAUGCAUCACAUUCUCUUCGGCUCCAACAGGGGAAAUGCAGCACUGGGCGCACAGCCUGCCGCCGGCGCUGACAGAAACCCAAACGUGGGCAGUGGGUGGCGGCACUUCUCCUGGCAGAUACCGACGAUGCUCCUCGGAAACAGUCUUGUUUUUACCUUGUUGUCGCUGACAAUUGCAAUCUUUCAUGAGGCAAGCAAGGCUGUGGUAUGGCAGACGCCUGAAAUGGUGACUGCGCUCUGUGUGGCUGUGUCUUUGGCGUUUGGCGUCAGCUGUUACUUCAUCUCAUGGUUCUCUAUUGAGUGGCGCAUGCAAGAGGCUACCGGCAAAGACUUUCAAUUCCAGAUCAUAUAGCGGUAGAUUGGCUGACUGCUAUGACGAGGUAUCAGCUGUCCAACAAUAUAAAAAGUCAAAUAUACGUUCCCUCCACAAAGAACCCACGUCG